UGUUGCGAAAUAUAUAGGACGAAAUAAGGCAAAACUUUUGGUGAGGGUGGAAUCAGGAAUGGCGUGAAAUCCGAAUCCCUAAUCAAAUCAUCUUCCUCACACCGCCAAAUGGAUGCAGAGUGCUUGUAGUAUGAGGCUGGCAGGGAUGGAGGACACGGCGGAGUUGCUUGAGAAGAAGCAAGCGUCGGAAAUUUCAAAGAUGAGCUUAGAGGAGGCACUCACUCUCGCUCGUGCUUUCAGCCAUUACCUUUGUAACGUCCCGUAUUUCAAUUUACCCGUUUACUAGUCAUUUGGACGGUAAACGACAACUACUUUCACUUUUUACUUUGUUUCGAUACUUUUAGUGGCCCUAAAAGUUGACUUUUUAAUCGGGUCAAAUUUUGAGAAAGUUUUCUUCAUGAAAGUUGUAGAUGACGUUAAACCGAGCGCGUGCAUAUGUGGUACGUAAAAAUCGGAGUUCGUAUGUGUAAUUUACUGUUCACGGUAACUCUCUAUGUAUGGAAACUUACCGAGGUAAUUCCCAUUUCAGAACUUACCCUGACUCUCUCCCUCUCCUCUCCCUCUUCCCCCGCGUCGCCCACCCUUCUUCUUUUUCCGAUUUCUUCGCCGUCCGGCGUCCGAUAGACGUGAUUCCAGUUGUCCUUGGACCGUCUCUUCCUCCUCUACACGGUGGUACCAGUGGGUAUCGACAAUUUGGCCGGAAAACCCCGAAUUUAUGCAAUCAUUGUUACUGUAGCAGUUGCUUCUCCGGCGAGAUUCUCCAGUUCAUCACAGAGUUUGUUUGUUGGAAUGAAGAAGCAAUCACCAGAUGCACUUUCUUCUCAUCCCAAGUAAUAUUUGUUCUUUCAAGCAAUGUAACUUUUAAGGAGGUGAAUCUCAACUGGAUGAUCUCAUUAGGCACCAGAAGAUUGUAUCUUUCUGGCGAGUCCCUGUUAUCUUAUAUUUCUCUUUUGUAUCGGGUUGUUUCAGGAAGGAUCAAAGAACUUGCAGUUUUAUAUCAAUCACUUAAUCUUCAGGGAAGCUAACAUUGAACCAGCAAUGUCAUCACAUACGGUGCACAACCCAACAAGCAGAAAAUUGACUGAAGCAGCAUGUCAUUGCAAUUCUUACUCCACUUUUUGUUUAGAUAUUACUGGAGCAAGCAAUUUUUUGAUAGGCUAACAUGUUUUGUUUAUAUACACCUAGACCAACUAGAACAACUACUUUUUGGAAAAUAUUCCAGCAACAACUGUAAAUAAGUAAACCUUGGAUAGCCUAUUUUUUGAACACUCCACUAUGAUAAGAUCAUCCUUUGUUUUAGAUGAUCUGCAGUAAUGAAAACAGUUCUAUCAUUUAUACUCA